AUGUACCCAUUUUCCUUCUUCAUCUAUCUCCGCGGCGGCGACUAUCGCCCUCAACCGCCGGCAUCCAACCGGACAUCCCCAUCCUUCAUCCUUCUCAUCCUCUACCUCACUCUCUCACCUUCCGUUUCUGCGCUUGACUUCCUCUUCAAUUCCUUCAAUGCCAGCGCCGCCGCCUCUCUCGACCUCAUCCAAGACGCCCAUAUCGACUCGCCGGUGAUCCGACUCGACAACGAGUCAGACCGGUUCUCCUUAGGCCGACACCAACAUCGGCUGGGGCAUCGCCUUCGUGCUCUCCAACUCUACCCGACCCGACGGCGCCCUCUCAAGUCAGUACUUUGGGCUCUUCUCCGAUGCACCUCAGCCCCCGCCGCCCCACUCCUCGCCGUCGAGUUCGAUACUGGGCAAAACACGGAAUUCGGUGACCCGAGCAGCAACCACAUUGGGAUUGACCUCAACAACGUCGUAUCCGCGAAGACUGAAGAAGCCAGGUACUACAAUUCCAGCGGUGGGAUCGUCCCGGUGAUCAUGCGAAACGGGCAGAAUAUUCAGGCUUGGAUCGAAUUUGAUGGGCCUCGAUCACAGAUUGAUGUUACUAUUGCUCCUGUUGGAAUAUCUCGACCGUUAAAACCUCUGCUGUCAUACAAAGAUCAACUGAUUGCCAACUAUAUCUCUGAAGAAAUGUACGUGGGCUUCUCUGCGUCGGAGAGCACCUAUUUCGAGGAACAGAGGAUUUUAGCGUGGAGCUUCAGCAACAUCAGCUUUGCCAGGGAAAUCGACACCACAAAUUUACCUACUUUCUUGCCCAAAACGUCGUCAUCUUCCUUGCCGCCCGGGGGCAUCGCUGGAAUUACAGUGGGAUCUGUUCUGAUUCUAAUACUCUCUUUUUCUGCUAUGUACUGGUUUUGGCGAAAGAACAAGGAGAAAGGGCUGGAAGACGAUGAAUUAGAAGAUUGGGAAAUGGACUACUGGCCGCAUCGGUUCCCCUACGAAGAGCUAAGCCAGGCCACCAAUAAAUUUUCGAAAGACGAGCUACUUGGAGCAGGGGGGUUCGGCCGAGUAUACAAAGGAAAACUACCCAACAACAGUGAAGUCGCCGUGAAGUGCGUGAACCACGAUUCGAAGCAAGGGCUCAGAGAAUUCAUGGCGGAGAUUUCGAGUAUGGGCAGGCUGCAACACAAGAACUUGGUCCAAAUGCGAGGGUGGUGCCGAAAGGGCAGUGAAUUGCUGCUCGUCUACGAUUACAUGUCCAACGGAAGCCUCAACCGGUGGAUUUUCGAUAAACCGAAGAAGCUAAUGAACUGGGUCGGACGAAGGAGAGUUCUCGCCGACGUCGCCGAGGGUUUGAACUACCUCCACCACGGUUGGGACCAGGUUGUGAUUCACAGAGACAUUAAAUCCAGCAAUAUUCUCUUGGAUUCUGACAUGAGAGGGAGGUUGGGGGAUUUUGGGCUGGCGAAGCUGUAUACGCAGGGAGAGGCACCGAAGACGACGAGGGUGGUGGGAACGUUGGGCUACCUGGCGCCCGAGAUGGCGACGGAGACGGCGCCAACGACAGCGAGCGACGUCUACGGAUUUGGGAUAGUGGUGCUGGAGGUGGCAUGCGGGCGGCGGCCCAUAGAGGCAAAGGCGGAGAGGGAGGAGGAGACGGUGCUGGUAGACUGGGUGAGGCAGAAGUACACCGAGGGGAGGAUGGCGGAGGCCGCGGACGCGAGGAUUCAGGGGGAGUACGAGGCGGAGGAGAUGGAGGUGGUGCUGAAACUGGGCUUGUCCUGUUCCCACCCUGACCCGCUUCGCCGUCCUACGAUGAGGGAGGUGGUGGCGGUCUUGUUGGGGGACGAAGCCGCGGGGCUACCCCGGGCUCUCUUGCCCGAGUCCGGCCGCGCCGGUGGGGAUGGGGAGUGGGGAGAGCAGGCAUCGCAGCUUCAAGUUCCGACUCGAAUUUAG